GACGUCGCGGAGUGACGUCGCGGAGUGACGUCACGGAGUGAUCCUUUUUGAUGCCAUGGAGAUGUUCUGAUUCUGAUUCUAUACCAAAACAUGUUCUCUCUCUCUCUCUCACACACACACACACACACUACUGCGUGUUUAUAAGUUUGCAUAAAUGAAAGAAGAUAAAAGGACGAUCAGUAAUUUAUCAUUUUAAUUGAUCAGAGAUGGAGGCUCUGGAGAAGGAAAGAGAUGAAAUGAAGGGAACAUUUCAGGUUGAUAAAGACAGUUUGGUGCUCCAGCUUGAGGAAGAGAGAAGAAACAUGGAGAAGGAGAAAGAGAGAUUCGAGCUCCAGCUGAGAGACAGUGACGCCAGAGAAGCUCAGAUGAGAGAAGAGAUGGAGGCUCUGGAGAAGGAAAUGGAUGAAAUGAGGAGAACAUUUCAGGCUGAUAAAGACAGUUUGGUGCUCCAGCUUGAGGAAGAGAGAAGAAACAUGGAGAAGGAGAAAGAGCGAUGGGACAAAAUGGAGAGCAGGCAGCAGAUAGUUAAAGGUGGCUGGAAAAAACAUUGUGAUGUAUUGGUGCAAAUGAUUGUUGAAAAGGAAGAAAUGCUGGAGGAGAUAACAGUAGAGGUGGAAGCCCUGAAAGGAACCGUGAGAGAACUUAAGCAAAAAGCAAGGGAUAUGGAUCCUGAGAUGAUGGAGGAGCUCAAGGAAGUCGAUAAAAGGCUGAGGAACUUUGGUCCAAAGUGGUUCCAGAAGCUCAGGAAGAAGAAGAACAUGAAGAAAAGACAGUACCUGGAGAAAGAGAUAGAGAGACUUGAGCUCCAGCUGAGAGACAGCAAAGCCAGAGAAGCUCGGUCCACAGAAGUGAUUAAUAUUAUGAUGAAGGAAAGGCUUAAGAUGAAGAGACAGUUAGCGAUUCAUGGCUUGUUGACAGACAUAUUUCAGAGAAGGUCUAAAAGGGAAAAUGACGAACAGCAAGAGAGAUUGGAUCUCGAGCUGAGAGAGAGCAUGGCCAGAGAAGAUAGCACAACGGACAUGAUUAAUGCUCUGGUGAAGGAAAGGGUUGAAAUGAUGAAAAGGUUUCAGGAAGAAAAGGAGAGCAUGGCACUCAAGCUUAAGACCGAGAGGGAGAACAUGGAGAAGGAGAAAAAUCAAGAGAGAUUCAAGCUCCUGAAGAGAGAGAGAGAGGCCAUGGAAGAGUUCAUGGUGGAAAAAAUGAAUGAACUGAGGACACAGUUUCAGGCUGAAAAGGAAAGGAUGGAGAAGAAGAUUCUGGAGAAGGACAAAAUGCUGGAGAUAACAGAAGAGAUGGAGGACUCUGCAGAAAUGAAGAAGAAAGCAGGAAUGAAGGAGGGACUCAAUAAAGUUGAUAAGAAGCUGAAACACUCUCCCCUACAGUGUUUCCAGAAACUCUGGAAGAAGAAGAACAUCAAGGGGAGACAGCAGAUGGAGAAAGAGCAAAAGAGACUCGAGCUCCAGUGGAGAGAGAGCGAGACCAGAGAAGUUCAGAUGAGAGAAGAGGCUCUGGUGGAGGAAAGAUUUCAGCCUCAAAAGGAGAAGAUGGUGCUGGAGUUUGAGAAGGAGAGGGAGAACAUGGAGAAGGACCUGCAUCAGGUUCUGGUGACAGUGGUAAUCUGAAAAAACGAGGAAGGUGAGGAGAGAAAAAUCUGUGAAACGCCAAAAGAUUUACACUUUGGGUCGAGUUCAGAGUCGCUUCAGUUCAGAAGAUACGCGAGUAGAUGCAGUAGAUUUAGACUCGUGCUGUUCAGGUGUUUAACUGGAUUUUCUGAGCAGAACAUUUAUUGAAGCAACCCGUGUAUAGCUCACAGCUCUGUGGUGUUUAAAUGACUCCAUUAACAGAGAGCGUGAGGACGGCUGACCUGAGCACACAGCAGCAUCAGCAAGUACGGCCAUUAAGAGAGAGAGAGUGGAAUGAUGUGGACUUGCGUACACACACGAAGGUACUCACGGGCUGCGAGUGGUGAUACGCAGGAAUGACCUGCAAAAGCUGGUAAGGCAACUUUAAUGAAAGUCUGUGCAACAAAUCCAAAGACGUGAGGCAGAGGCAAAAAAGAAGAAACAGAUACAAGUCAGACGAUCCACAUACAGGAUAUCAGAAAGAGACAAAAUACGUAAUCAGUAAACAAAGUCAAAGUCUGAACCAGUAUAAACCAGGCGGCAAAAUACAAUGUCUGGGGAAUGUCAGAGACACCAAGGAAUUGAGUGUUUACUUCACAAAGAGCUGGCGGUACAACGCCUCUAUAUAAAGGGGUGUGUGUGUGUAAUUGGGAUCAGGUUGCCUGAUCAGAAGUCCGAUGAUUGCGAAUGAGGUAGUGUACCUUGGCUUGGGCACAGGCAGUACAGGAAGAUACGCCUCGGUGCAUGUCGGAAAACAUGUCCAGCCACCAUCUGUUUUUUUUGUUGUCAUUUAAAUUGUAUCUACACAUCGCCUGUCAUUUUUUGUUUGUCGUUUAAAACGUAUCUCCAUGUCAUCUGUUGGUCUACACUUCGAUCAUGAGUGAAUUUAAUAUGAUUGCUCACUCUCAACCAAUCCCCUUUCUUCUGGAAACCUCAAUCAUAUUUAAAGUUAUUAUAGAAAUUACUGUAUUUUUCUUUCAUAACUAAAUAAAAAAAACUUUCAAAAAUAAAAUAAAUAAAUAAAAUAAAUAAAUGGUGAGGGUGCACAGUGGCUUAGUGGUGAGCACGUUCGCCUCACACCUCCAGGGUCCGCCGGGGCCAUGUGUCCCCAUGUGCUGCAGGGGUUCCUCCGGGUACUCCGGUUUCCUCCCCCAGUCCAAACACAUGCAGGUAGGCUGAUUGGCGUGUCUAAAGUGUCCAUAGUGUAUGAAUAGGUGUGUGAGUGUGUGUCUGUGUGAUUGUGCCCUGUGAUGGACUGGCACCAUGUCCAGGGUGUACCCCGCCUUGUGCCCCUUGCUCCUUGGGAUUGGCUCCAAGUUCCCCGCAACCCUGAAGAAGGAGUAAGUGGUAGAAGAUGGAUGGAUGGACUGUCUCAUUACACUGUCUCAUUCACGCAUUCACACACACUCACACACACCAAUGGUAGCAGAGCUGCAUACAAGGCGCUAACUUCUGUGGCGACAGGCCGGAAGCCGGCGCACAGGAAAUAAAGAAGAGACAGCUCCGCUUCAGCGCCACCAAAUGUUUUGGACGGCCAGAGAGCACGUGGCUUCUGGGCGGGGCCGCCGACACACCCACGGCUCGUGAAUGGUGCUCCGUGCGGAGGAAUUCCACCAUCCAGCAAGCGGGGAGGGUAUAAAAGGGCGAUACUCCACUCGCACCGGAAGAGGAGUAUCUCGAAAAGAGAAGUAUCUCUGGUGUGUUUUGGGUAGUUUCGCUGAUGCACGUCUGCUACCCGCUGCUGUGUGUUUUUUUUUUUCUUCUGAAUUCAGGCGACUCCGACGUGAGUGACGGCUCCGUCCCGCCCCCUCGGCUGUAAUCGCCGACGGCUGAGACUCUCACCGCCCGAUCGCCCUUCAACCCACACACUCACGCGCACACCGAGUGACUUUAAUAAAAUCACCUAUAACCCGGAAACAGCCUCCUGUGUGUCUGCUCCGCCCACCGCUGGAUAAAAUCACUACACUUGCCAUCGGGAGCAAUUUGGGGGUCAGUGUCUCGCCCAAGCACACUUCGGCAUGUGGAGUCACGUGAGCCGGGAAUCGAACCGCCAACCCUACGAUUAGUGGACGACCCGCUCUACCACCUGAUCCACAGCCAUGACCAUAUGAUCUGUUAACAGACAUGAGGACAUAUAACAGUAUACACAGUCAGUACAAGUAGCAACAGUUUAAUUAGUGCUUAUUUAACAUUACAGUAGCUUCCCUCCUGAUAAUGUUAUGGAUCAGAAGAUACACGAACAUUAUUUCUGUGUUUAAAUAAAAAAAAAC